UAUUUUUCUCUCAAAGUUUGAUAAAUCUGGGUCACAGUCUUUUGGUCAGUAUUUUUUGUCAAAACCAGGAGUAGAACUUGACAUACACAAAAACCAUAAUAGAAUGAUUUGCACAUUUUUGAGUAUUUUAGAUCCAUUCCUGUUUUUUCCUAAAAAAUCCUGAUCCAAAUCCUUUGUGUGAACCCAGCCUAUACAGGCUUUGUGAGGAACAGUGAUUAGGACACCCAUAUGGUCCUAUAAGGCUGCUCAGGUUCAGUUUUUGAAGCUAAAACCUGGAGUGAAUUCAAUAUAAGAAGCAAAGUAGUCACUGGUUCUUUGUGCUGUUCAUCCCGUAUGAUCCAUCUCUGGUUUUGGCUUUAUCAACCUCAUCUCAAAACCUGCCCUGGCUACUUCAGACUGACAUGAGCUGUAAUGGUUGCAUUUAGAUGAGUAUGUCCAAAAAGAAGUUUGAAGAGAAACCAGCUCCUGUGUCAUGACUAUAUUGCUGUAGCUGACCAAGUGGCAAAUAAGGGCAAUGAACAAAACAAUGGAGAACAUGAAUGCCUCUCCGUCACCUGCCCGAUGGUUUAGGGUCUUAAGAAGGUCAAUGGCUGGUGAAAGUCCUAUAAGAAAAUCCUUCACUUCAUCCCUAUGUGAAGAAAUUUUGAAAAACUCCCAAGAGGCCUUUUCUUCAGGAAGAACAAAGUCUUACCCGUUUAGGCUGAAACAGCUACAAGCUAUGGUGAAUCUGCUGGACAAACAUGAGCUGGAAUUUGUUGCAGCAUUGGAAAAGGAUAUGCAUAAGCCCAAGUUCGAAACCAUCUUAUCUGAGAUAACCACUGUGAGAAAUGAAGCCAUAUAUGCAAUGAAUAACCUAGAACAAUGGAUGACACCUGAACCUAUCCAGAAGAGUAUGACUUCAUUUUUGGACAGCUGCUUUGUGAAGAAAGAACCAGUCGGUGUGGUACUGAUCAUUGGUGGCUGGAGCUUACCAGUACAGCUUUGUCUCAUACCAAUGAUUGGAGCCAUGGCUGCAGGUAACACUGUGGUACUGAAACUGUCAGAGACCUGUUCUCACACUGCGGAUCUGCUGCAAACACUGCUUCCUCUCCAUCUGGAUAAUAACUGUUACCAGCUAGUUUGUGGAGAACACACUGAACUACUAGAAAUUCUGGAGCACAAAUUUGACCAUGUCUUCUAUAUAGGUGACCAUGUGACAGGUAAGCAGGUGAUGCAAGCAGCAGCCAAACAUAUGACUCCUGUAACUUUGGUCCUCGGCGGUAAAAACCCCUGCUAUGUGGACAAAUCCUGUGAUCUUGCAGUGACCGCUCGUAGGAUUGCAUGGGCCCGGUUUAUUAAUGCAGGCCAAAAUUCACUGGCUCCGGAAUAUAUUCUGUGCCAUUUGGAUAUCCGGGAUGCUCUAAUCCAUGAGCUGCAAAUGUGCAUCCAUGAAUUCUAUGGGGAAAAUCCACAAGAAUCCCAAAAUUAUGGACGCAUGGCAAGUGUGGACCAAUAUAGAAGAGUCAAAGAUUUUCUAUUAUGUGGUCAGGUGGUCUUCGGGGGACAGACUGAUGAGAAUGAUCGAUAUAUUGCACCAACAGUUCUGAUAGAUGUGAAAGAAUCAGAUCCUGUUAUGAAAGACGAAAUCCUCGGACCAGUCCUCCCCAUCUUCACAGUAGAAUCUUUGGAAAAGGCAAUCCAGUUCAUCAACAAGAGAGAGCGACCUUUAGCUAUAUAUGUCUUCUCUCACAACCCACAGGUAAUUUCAGAAGUUCUGGACAACACUUGUAGUGGAAGCUUCUGUUCAAAUGACAGUAUGGUCCAAAGUCUGUACACCAGAUUGCCUUGUGGAGGUGUGGGUAACAGUGGGGUAGGGAUAUAUGGUGGCAAGUUCAGCUUCGACGCCUUCUCUCACAGCCGUGCCUGUCUACUGCGCAACACUGCUAUUGAAUGUGUCACAUACCUGCGCUAUCCACCAUAUGCUGAGAAACAACUUCGCCUCAUGCAGUGGGCCACGUCUAUCUCCAGAACAAACAAAUGGUGUCACAUAUUGUAAAGAAUUUAAUAAGCUGCUGUUACCUGAAAGCUGCAUUCAAUGUCCUAUGCAGGCAUGUGAAUGAUAUGGACUAUAUACUGUCUCACAUCCACACUGAAAAGCCUUAUGCCCUGUAGCCAAUAUCAGUUAGUCUUGGCAAUAUUAUGGUUUUAAUAAGCACUGAAAAAUACUUUACAUAUGCAUGGGGAAAUCUGAACCCUAUAGCUAUGUAUCUUCUUUCACUGAUAUGCUUUGGCACUAUUUUUGCUGCUUUUCCUAUUGUUUUGGAGGUCACUAUCUUGUUGUUAGGUACUUUUUAAAAACCAAACUAUUAUUUGGCAUUUAAAAGUAUAAAGUUGGGAAUAUAGGAGUCAUGUAACUUACAGGCUUUAUAUUUGUAUGUAGCACCCUUUAUGUAUUUUAAUUAAAACUAUUUAUGUUCUCAGAUUCUGUGUGUGCUUAUGACUAGUGCUCUAUGUAUACAAAGAUCCCCAUACAUGAUCACAUUUCAAUUUCUACGCUCUUUUUGAUACAUGUUAGUCCAUGGGAAUAGGCAGCCUUGGGUUUUAUUUUCAAUACAGUACUUUUCAGAAAAAUGAAAUACCUCGCACACAGACAAUGGAUGGCACCAAUGUCAGUAACUUCAAUUUCCGAUUACAGUGACAAAUUUUACUCCAACAUA